AUGCCCCUAUCAUUUACCAUGGAAUGUAAAGUAGGUCUCACCCUCAAGAAAAAGGUGCUUAACAUUUCCAUUUGUCUGCUUUUCCCUCCCCUUCCGGUCCCCUACACGACCCACCAGUUCCUUUCUUUAUCGAUUGUUUUUACUUCGCAGCAACCACUUCAAAUUGCAGGCUUAAUGCCUAUUACGGAAUCCUUUCUUUUCGCGUUUGAUACUCUGUUAUUGUUAUUGUUAUUAUAUAUUAUUGUUAUUAUUAUUAUUUUUGCUUUGUGGUUUCCGGACUGCUCUACCGCCUGA